AUGCACGCUCUCGCCAUCCUGUCCCUCGUCGCCUCCUCGGCCGGCAUCGUCGCCGCCCAGCAGGAGACGUACGCCAGCUUCGAGCCCCUGGCCGAGUCCCUCCUCUCCUCGUCGCCCCUCGAGGCGCGCCAGGACCAGAGCUGCGCCUCGCUCGGCGGCAAGGCCUGCGGCACCAAGUGCAUCCAGCUGACCUACUCGUGCUGCGGCAACGGCGCCGGCGCGUGCCAGAUCGGCUACGUCUGCGGCAUCGCGGCCAACGACAUCUGGGGCUGCUGCCCGAUCGGCAAGCGCUGCCGCGGCGACGCCCCGGAGCCCAGCACCACCAUCAUCGGCGGCUCCCGCCCGACCUCGACCGUCGACGACGACGAGCCCACCUCCGCAGCGCCGACCACCCGCGUCACCCCGACCACCACCACCCGUCGCCUGACGCCGGCCGCGACCUCCGCGCGCACGACUGCGCUCGGCGGUGAUGAUGAGCCGACCCCGACCCCGACGCAGACGAGAUCCGUGCCGACGAGCGUGAUCGGUGGCGGUAACGGUGGCAGCACUACCACCUCGGUCAGCGUCGGCGGCGGCAACGCCCCGGUGUCUUCUGCGGGCAUCGUCGGUGUCAGCCUUGCCGGUAUCGCUGGUGGUCUCAUCGUCGCCAUCGCUUCGCUUCUCUAA